CAGCCGGGUAGAUUAAUGUACCGGCACAGGCUGAACGGUAUUAGAAUAUAACACAGCAGCUUUUAACGAUCGCUUAGCUCGCCAAUACAUUCUGUUACAGACUACUUUUCUGCUGAUCUGAAAGCGCGUAGUGGGGGUGUUUUGGGGGACUGAUAUUAGUGGGAAACCUAGGUUUCUUUCGUGUUUUAUUUCACUACCCUCUAGGAAUGCUUACUCAGAACAGGAUACAAAAGAUCUGGAUUCCUUCAAAGGAUGACAAACCGGCGGUGCCCCGGCAAUCAACUGGGGGCCCCCACCUGGCCAACCCCCCUACAGUGAUUGUGAUGGUGGGUCUACCAGCCAGAGGGAAGACCUACAUGUCCAAGAAACUCACCCGAUACCUCAAUUGGAUCGGCAUGCCCACCAAAGUCUUCAACGUGGGAGAGUAUCGCAGAGAAGCAGUCAAGAACUACAGCUCCUACGACUUCUUCAAGGCUGACAACGAGAGUGCCGUGAAAAUCAGACAACAAUGUGCCUUAGCAGCUCUGAGGGACGUUAAAUCUUACCUGACAGAGGAAGGAGGGCAGGUUGCAGUCUUCGAUGCCACCAACACUACUCGUGACAGACGAGACAUGAUCCUGGACUUCGGCAGUGAGAACGGCUUCAAAAUCUUCUUCAUCGAGUCGGUGUGUGAUGAUCCCAGCGUCAUCGCCACAAAUAUCAUGGAAGUGAAGGUGUCCUGCCCAGACUACCAGGACUGCAACAAGACAGACGCCAUGGAAGACUUCCAUAAGAGGAUAGAUUGUUACAGGGUUCACUACGAACCCCUGGACCCAGACCAGUACGACAGGAACCUGUCCUUCAUCAAGGUGAUAGAUGUAGGCAGAAGGUUCCUGGUGAACCGGAUCCAGGACCACGUCCAGAGUAAGAUCGUCUACUACCUGAUGAACAUCCACAUCCAGCCCAGAACCAUCUACCUGUGUCGCCAUGGAGAGAACAUGCACAACCUGGAGGGACGCCUGGGGGGAGACUCAGGGCUGUCGCCAAGGGGAAGAAAGUUUUCUGGGGUGUUGUCGAUGUUCGUUAACGAGCAGAACUUGACGGAUCUGAAGGUGUGGACCAGUCAGAUGUGUUGCAGCAUCCAGACUGCUGAGAGCCUAGGAGUUCCUUACGAACAGUGGAAGGCCCUCAAUGAGAUAGACGCUGGAGUAUGUGAGGAGAUGACGUACGAUGAGGUGAAGGAGAAAUACCCUGAGGAGUUUGCCCUGAGAGACCAGGACAAAUUUUACUACCGCUACCCCACUGGCGAGUCGUAUCAGGACCUGGUCCAGCGGGUGGAGCCAGUGAUCAUGGAGCUGGAGAGACAGGAGAACGUUCUGGUUAUCUGUCACCAGGCUGUGAUGCGCUGUCUGCUGGCUUACUUUCUGGAUAAGAGUGCAGAGGAGAUGCCCUACCUGAAGUGUCCCCUCCACACAGUGCUGAAGCUCACCCCCAUUGCCUACGGCUGUAAAGUAGAGUCCAUCUCGCUCAACGUGGAAGCGGUGAACACACACAGAGAGAGGCCAGAGGAGAUGAAGAAGUAUCCUGGGACUCUGAUCAGGAGGAACAGUGUGACUCCCCUGACCAGCCCAGAGACCAACAUCAAGAAGCCCCGCAUCGACGGCCUGGACGAACACCUCCAGGCGCUGCCCCCCUCGCCCAUGUCCCUCUGCACUCCUUCCCAUCUCACCUUGGCCGGACAGAACAUGAAGAGAAAGUCCAACGAUUGCCAUGAGAUCCUGCAGCUCUGCCAAUGAGAUUGCACCGCCUCGUCACCUGAUCCAAGACCCCAGGAAGUGAUGCCGGCAAAGAAAAUUCAACAAUGUCACCAAAAUCGACAUUGUUGUGUUUUUCCCCCAUCUUCCUCUUUCUGAACAUCACAUGACACUUCUGUUGUCUUUUCUCACACAGACGUGUUAGUGAGUGUCUGGUCUGUGUUAUCUGCCAGUGUUUGUAGUUCAAACACUUUGCCUCUGGGAAAGAGAUAGAGAUAACACUGUACAUUAGAGGUCUUCACGGGUCCACCCAAAUUGCCGAGACCCGAACGGGCCCGGGUCCAAAAAUCUCCCUUUCUUGACACCCUCCUGAGAUCUGAGUGAUGAAUCAUGUAUCCAUGGAUAUAUCACUCUUUUAAAAACAGAUGGAGUCAUUUAGUUUACGAUGUAAACAUUCUCCUAUAGGGAUGCCUCUGAAAUAAUUACUACCCAAAUAGUGUUUAUCACUGACUUGUUGAGGUUGAGCACUUAUUCACUUUUUCGUUAUGAUUUAUUUCUAAAGAUUUGAGUAUCGUACUGUUACUUAAAGGAUGUUAAAUUCACCGAUCUGUGUGCUCAUGUGCUAUGAAAUGCAUGAUAAUGUUGCACAGCAAAGAUGAUAUUCCUGAUGAGUUGUGUGUAUGAAUGUCCAUAGACAUAAUUGUCUCUUUCAGUCUUUCUCUCUGAAAAGAGAUUUGGACCUAGAGUGCCUAGUGCUUGUCCUGCAAGCCCAAUGUUGCUUCUGUACCCAUAUAGCUGGCCAUAGAAAUGCAGACAUAUGCUACCUUCA